UCAGAUGCUAUUCCCGCAGCGUUGACGGAUCUGUUUUUUCUUCUUUUUGUUAGCAAAAUAUAUCAUACUCAUAACAAAGACUGUGACAAUUGUAGGCUCGCGUCGUAGUUCAUGAUGUGAAUUGACAAUAAAAGUAUCAUCGUGCUGUGAACGUACAGAAAAACGCAGGGAAAAAACACUGUUCCAGGACGACAGGAACGAUUUAAAGCAGUCUGCGAGAGAUAAAGAGUCUGCUAAAGAACUGCGAGAGAGGGAUAGGAGCAGCCAAACGUCAUUUUUCUCGCUUAUACAAAACAUCCUCGGAAUUUUACAACUAAAAAAUCGACAAUGGAAAAAUCACAUCGUGAUAUUCUUCGAGCUUUGCGAAGUAAAAUAAUCGAGGACUUGGACGUACACAAUGCCAUUCUGUCGACUCUCAGUGACGAAUAUGUGCUACAAUCUGAGGACAUCAAAAAAAUUGAAUCAGGAGUCACUCCACAGCAGAGAGCACAGAUUUUACUCGAUAUAUUGCCAAGUUGUGGCCCUCAUGCUUUUGAUAUAUUUCACGAAGCCCUGAAUCAUCAUUAUUGGUGGCUGUACAAAGAUAUAAACAAAAUGUUGGGCCCCAAAAAUGGAGAAACAAUGGAAAUUAUUCGUACACCCAGUCCCGGAUCACCGAAUUUACCACCUCAGCCUUCGACGAACAUCCCUAGAGAAGCAAAGGACUCUUAUACCACGGCACAAUUGAAACGUGCGCUUCAGAAGAUCGAACCAGGAGGUUAUUUAGUCUUACAUGGUAUGAAAGGAUUUGGUAAAUCAUGUUUAACUGCAAAUACCCUGAAGGACACAACAUUAGUAAAAACCCUAUUCACCAACAAAGUUUAUUGGAUAAAAUUCGGUUACGAGAGAUUGAUCGAUGACGAAAUUUUGAUUCAGCUAAAUUUUCUUUACCAUCAAGUGAGAAAUACUGAUCCUCUGAGCACGAACGUGCACUCGGAACCUCUCAAAGAACAGCUCAUUCACUCGCUCAAAAAUCAUUUUGGCAAACCCGAAAAUUGCAACUCUUUGCUCAUUCUCGAUGACGUUGUGAGCAAAAAAAUCAUAGAUGUCUUCGACUUCCAUUGUAAAACUUUAGUUAUUACGACUGACAGUGAUUUGUUAGAGGGGAAAAAACGCGAAAUCAUAGAGAUGAAAGAUGGCUUUACCGAAGAGGAAAGUGUCAAACUUUUUGCAAAAGUGUUACAAGUCGAUGUACGGGAAUUGCCGCCAGAGGCAAAAAAAAUUCACAAGGAAUGCAACGGAAUGCCAAUUUUGAUAGCAAUGUUUGCCGCUAGCUUUGAAGAUUUUCAACACGAUAUGCAGGUGAAUUCUGAAAGGUGGCGUUAUUACUUAGAUGCACUGCGUAAAAAAGAUCCGUCAAACAGGGUAAUGGAACAAUUCUUGGCGAAGCAAGAAGUCAUUUUCGAAAUAUGCAUCAACCAACUGAAAAAUGAUGUUAAAAAUAAGUAUGAAGCAUUGGCCAUUUUCAGUGAAGGUGUUAACAUAAUGCCUGAGACCCUCUCAAUUCUGUGGGGCGGCGAAAGAUUCGCGGUGGAAGAGCAAAUGGUGAAUUUGUGUCACAAGUCGCUCGCCGCAAAGCACUGGAACGCAGAUCUUAAGAGCUACGUGUACGGAGUACAUGAUUUGUUGCUGUGUUAUUUGCGAAAAAAGCUCGGUCCGGAGAAUUUGCGUAAUUUGCAUCGAUCCUUCGUUGAAAAAUAUCGAGCAUAUUGCAAAAACGAUUUUUCCAAAUUGCCAAACGAUAACUACAGUUACUCGUACAUUGGACAUCACAUGGAGCAAGCGGGAUUGCACAUUGAAUUUCCCCGAUUGUAUCUCGACUUGAAUUUCAUUAGAGAGAAGAUCUCCAAUACUGGAUUGAGCGACUUGUUGAUAGAUUUGAGGAAAUAUAGAAAAUUGAUAAUCAAUGACGAUCCUAAGAUCGAGGAAAAAGUGGUGGACUUGGAAAACUUUUUGGAAAGUCGAGCCGGCCCGAUCGCCGAACAGAGACAACGCAAGUGCCUCGAUUUGAUACAAAUCGGCAUGAAUUAUACAACGAAAAAAUACAUUUAUGAAAAGACUCGUGAAUUAGCUAAUUUGGAUAGUACGAAAUUGUUCGUAACGCACGACGGUCCUGUUUUCACGUUGUCUUCGUGCGACGAGAUUCGUCCGGGAGCUCAAUCCGCUUUUUUCACUGACAAUCCUCACAAAAUUCUUAUUGGAAAUUGUUGUGGUCAGGUAAUUUUGUGGGAUUGCGAUUCUCGCCUGCACAACGCUUUCAGUGGUCACACCGAAAAUUCGCCGAUCAUUAAAAUCAUCGUUUCCUGUAACAAUGAUUACUUUCUCACGCUCUCUCAACACGGACAUAUCCAACAUUUCGAUCUCAACGAAGACGACAGUGACCGGGAGGUUCAAAGUCCUCGGGAAAAACAACAGCAUUGGAAAAGCAUGUUCGGCGACAAGGCACCCAGAGUUCAGGGACUAUUUUCUAUUGAUAAGGAAACCAUUACCGACAUGGCACUCUCCCAAAAAGAUGGGCGAUUAGAUCGUAUUGGCGUUUGCACCGAUAAAGGAACUAUCAGGGUAUGGUCGAUCGAUGGAGUAAUUAUUUAUACCAACAAAGAAGAAAAACACUCUUUCGUGCAAAUCGCGUUCACGAGGAACGGUGCAAUGCUCCAUUUGAUGGACAAAGAGGGUUUACUGAUGAUUUACGUCCAGGAGAUCGACAGUAAAAUAACAUCUUAUUCUUACGUUUCGAUGUGGAAUGCAAAGAUUAAAAGGGAGAGCGAAGUAGUGUUCUUAGGACCUGUUCCUCGGACCGAGAGAGCGAUGAUAGUGGUUACUGAUUCAACAGCCGUAUGGAUCAAAUGGGAAGAAUCAUAUGCCGGAAAUUAUGCGAAUUCGGUCAUCCAAGUUCACAGCUUCAUGAAACGCGCUAUAGCCGACGUUGACCCUCGCGAAACCCGUUUUACAUCCGCAACACUCACUUACGACGGAAAAUAUUUAAUUACCGCUGAUUCCAAAGGCUCUGUUAACGUUUGGAACGUCAAGGGUGGUUGGGAACCUCUCGCCACUUUUAAUGGUCACGUAACCUCGUUGGAUACUUAUUGUCAAGGGGAAGACAAUCACUUGAUUUGCGGUUGCGGAAAAAACGUAAUUUACAGAUGGGAGUUGGCUUUGGAAGAGCUGCGAAAAUCCGUGCGAAAACCACUUUUUGACGCUGUCAUGAAUACCGUGGAACAAGAAAAUAUUAUUGCAAAGGAAGUUCAUACGAGCCGAGAGUCGCAGCCGCCCACAAACGAAGUAACCGUAAACCUUUAUCACGGUGAUUCGUUAAUCGCAAAAACCAAACCCGUCCAAGGAAGCAUCAUCCGACUCAACCUCAAUUCUACCGGUGAUAAAAUUCUCUACGUCACCGACAAGAGGUUGGUGAUGCUUUUCGAUGUUGAAACAAAAACGACGACGAACCUCUUGGAAUUGGAAUCAACGCCGGGGAUUGUUACCUUUGUCACCACUGCUGGUUCAACUAUUGUAGUGUGCGGCGAAAAUAACGAUUUGAAGAUAAUAUUUGGCAAAGUUGAAGCCCUUGUAGAAGAUACGGGACACGUAACAUCGAUUUCCACGAUUGACAACGAUUACGUAGUGACGAUAGCGCGAAAUGGGAUGAUCAAAUUCUGGUGUGUCCACGAGACGAAUUGGACCCUCUUGAGUUUCUCGCAGCUCUGUACUGAGAGCGAGAGUGUCUGCUAUAGCAGUUUUAACGUGAAGAAGAAUUUGCUCGGUUUGUUGAAAGGAAACGAUCAAAUGCUCAUUUACGAGGUUACCAGAGACGAUACGACCAACCCUCCAAUCUUCAAGACUGAAGAAUACGUCAGGUUUUCGUACAAUCAGAAAUUGACUUGCUGCGAAUUUUCCAAGGAUGACUGUUACUUGGCGACUGGUCUAGAAAACGGCGAUAUAUCGAUCUUCGACGUGAACCAACGCUGCGAAUUAACUCGCCUGGUGCUUCACGGCAACGGAGUGCGGGAGCUCCAUUGGGCGCCGAUAAGUCACGGAGCACCCAUAUUGUUGUCAGUGAAUUGUGACGAGUUGGCGUGGUGGAACGUGGCGUUAGUGAACGAGGAGAAAAAGGAGAAUCGUCUUGGCCGCAUGGGAAUGUCGCGAAGUACGUCAAGUCUUGGUAUUAGUCCGAGGUCAAGUAUGAAACUAAGUAAAUCAAUGGGCGCUGAGGUUUCCAAUGGAAUUGCCUCUUUGUCAAAAAACCCGGCGAACAGUGUCGUGUCGAGCCUGGGAAAAAGGGAAAACGGCCACCGAAACGGUAAUAUUGAUCCAAAAACUUUUUGGAAAAACAAAGUCGCCAAAUAUCCGAACAAAACGGCCCUUUUGUCACUGGUCCCUUUGCCACCGAGCUGCAACUCCAAGAUUUGCGUAUCGGAUGAUUUCUGCCAAUUUUUGUCCAUUGAUAUUCAUGGUGUUGUGAGAAACUUCAAGUUUUACAAUUACGACGCUUAAUACGUAUGAAAUGCGUAUUUUUCAAUAUUCUAUACACUUCGUUAUGUUGCACGUAGAAAAACGUUGUGGAUGACAGAGAUAAAACGAAAAUUACAAGUCUUUUCUGAAGGCUCGAGAAUUUGAGUUUCGACAAUCUUAGAAUAAACGUUUCGUGGCAUUUUCCUUUCUGUGCGUUAAAUAAUCGAGGGUGAUUCGGACUUACUUAAUUUAACUUUGAUUAUUUGCUCAAUAUCAAUGAUACCGUAAGAACAAUCACGUAAAAAUUUAAUUUCGAACAAUCAAAUAUGCCUUGCUAACUUAAAAAUAUCAUUGGAAUUUGGAGACUGAGGUAUUUCAUAUGAGCACAAAAAACUUCAAGUUUUAAAAAAUUCAAUAACAACAAAUACGAGAAAACAAAACAUGGAAAUGUACUUUUUUAAAUCAUAAGUGCCUCUCUCUAAUAAAAAGUAUUAAUAGUCAGUCAUUCGGAUAAGAAUUUUUAUUGCUAAUUAGCAAUAAUAGUGAGAAAACACAAAAGACGGAGGAAAAAGAAAGGAUUAGUGUAAAUGCCACGAAAACGUGUGAUAAAGUUGUAUUUAAAUAACGCGCUGUGACCGAGUCGAAACGGGGAAAAUGAUGGAAAGUUUAUAUAAAAAAUUGUUACCAGUCAUGCUCGAGUGAUUUUCGUUUUAAAUCAAUUGCGAAGCUCAGUGAUAGAGAAUAAUUGAUCGUGCAUUAAAAUAAUCAUAUGGAAAUGAAAGAUAAAAAGGCAAUUAAAAUCACAGCAAUACGAAUGAGACUCGUUGGCUUGACAAAUAAUCAACGAUCUCAGUAAAUCAUGAAAUCACUUGGAUUCAUUAAAAAAAAAAAAAAGAGCAGUCAAACAAAAAUCAAUCGAAAAAAGCAAAAGCAUGUGUCACAAAUAGAUUUAAUUUUUUUUUAUAACGCAGAGUGAAUCCGAUGAUCGAUUAGCAACGUUUCCAGCAUUUAUUAUUAACUCUAAUCAUUCAGACACGACAUGACACGUAAUCAUGACAUCAAUAGAUCUUUUUACCCGUUUUUUUAAGGUUUCGAUAUUCCAUUACAGAAAAACAAUACCAGCGUUAUUAAUUUCAUUUAAUCAUCUUCAAAUCGUUAAGUUUUUGGCAUUCUUCUUGGUUACGCAAAGCUUAAUACGCUUUUGGCUUUCAAUGAUAUAUUCAGAAAGUGAGAAUUAAAUUUUUCUAUUAUUUUAUUUUACGAUUGCGCGAGUUUAUUUGAGGGUUACGACCAAAAAUUCAUUAAGUUCAAAAAUGUGUGGCGGAAAUAACAGGAGAACGAUUGGACGAUGAUUGUUUGAUUUAAUAAAAAUCACCAUUUUAACGACGCUGAAGUUUGCAACGUUGGUGUCUAACGAAAUUAACGAAAAUAACAUUUGUAAUUCACCAAGUUGCAAACUUCAGCGUCAUUCAUUUUAUGUAGAACAGUUGAUAUUUCAACAGUUACUUCAUCGUAAUGAGACUGACUCGUACGUACUUUCAUGGUUGUAUAAAAAAAGCAACAAGCAAUUGCUCACUGUUUAUUUUUAACGUAAUCUACGUUGCUACUACGUAUGCGAUUCACUCUGCAUAUACGUGCCUUAUCAAUAAACAUGUAAGUUUAGGGGAAAAAAUGAGGUAGAUUAUUGAAAAGCAGAAAUAUUUCACGCUCUUAAAGGAGUUUAGGAUAAUUUCCUCGUUUCGUCAAGUCUGCUCAGCUGUUUUUCUUCCACUCUUAACGACGGGACCGAGCAUACACUUUUUUUACGGUUUACGUACGCCAAUUCAUUGCCAACAAUUAACUAUUAAGCUCUACGAAAUAGUUCACAAAGAUUCAGAGUGUUCCAGAAAGUGUCUCGGAUUCAGAUUGGAGCUGAAUAAUAAAUGGGAUUUCCCAAAACAUGCAAUUUCUAUUAAAAAAUUUUAAUUUUUAUUCAAUCACAGUUUAUGCAUUUAACUGGCUGUUCUAUCAGAACAAAAAAUACUUUAGAAUUUGUGAUUUUUUAAAAUAAUUUUCUAUGAGUUCAUGAGAAAAUGUUCACUCUAUUUGUUUUUAAUAGAAUUGUAAUGUUUCUAUUAGAGCGUCGAUCCGAGCUGCUUUUUUCCUGGUCUUACGUUGAGCUUUUCGUCUGAUACUUCCUGCAAAUGCAUUUAAUAACUAUCAACGAUUCAGUCGUUGACAUCUCUACGAGACAAACUCUCAAUAGUGAUUUGCUCACAGUUGCUCGGUUUUUAUCGCUCGUUUUUAUUUUAUGAAGAAACUAAAGCUCAACAGGCAUGACACGUUGCGAUUACGCCAAUUUUAUUAUGAGAAUACACAGUCGUAUAAAUAAAAUAAAACCCCGGAUCUCAUCUGCAAAAAUCCAUAUCAGAUCUGGCCAAUUUUUUUUUCACAAAAACUUCACGGAUUGUUUCCAACUCUCUCGGUACUGAAUCAUCUGCAAUUUUUAUCAGAUUCCAGAAACUGGAUAAUCGCCAUUUUUUUAUACGAUGCAGUAUUUUUAAAAUCAAAAUCCGAAUCAUCCGAAAAUUGAAACAAAACAACCGCAGUAUUAGAACUGAAUGGUAACACAGUGUAAACGAAUGAUUUUCUGUCAAUUAUACUACCAAAUUGAGCUCUCGAUUCUUUUUUAAUGAAUUUUCGUUCAUACUCGCAUAAUUAAGCUGUAAGUUUUAUCGAUACCCCGCGAAGGAAUAAUGCAGGUUUUUAAUUUUUUUUUCCUGGAGCAAAAGCGGUGAAAAAUUCCAAGAAUAAUCAAUUUGUGUAAUAUUCAAAUAUUAAUUAGGCCGUCAGUGCAUUAUUUUUAGUCAAUUUAUAUAGGAAUAGGAAAAAACCGAAAAAUACAGAGAAAUAUGAUGUUGAGUGUUGCAUCAUUGGAACGCAACAACAUUUUGACUUUUUUUUCAAUAGGGCUCAGAAUUCAUUAACUAACCGUUAGGUUAGACUAUUUUUCCCAAGAACCGAAUUAUUCAAAAUUAAGAGAAUUAUCCUGCUAUUCAGAAAAGUAACAAACCGAACAUUCUUGCCUCCAAUGAUGCAAUUAUACCAUGAAAAAGUAAUCUUUACGAACACAAAAUUGAUGAGAAAGAAAGACAAAAAAAUUCAUAGAAAUAAGCAGCAAAUGCGAUCCUGAAGUUUGCAACGUUAGAGUCCAACGAAAUAAUGUAAAAAAAGCCUCUAAUAAUUCCAGUACUUCUCCAGUUUCAUUCCCUCCCAAAUUUGAAAUUCGUAGUUUUUCAACCUGCACCGAUACUUCGUGAAAUAAAAAAUUGGUGAAUCACAAAUGUUUUUUUCCUUCAGUUCGUUCGACUCCAACGUUGCAAACUUCAGCGUCGUGCAGCAAAUACAUAUAAUGAAUAUUCUUCCAUGUGAUAGCGAAAAGUUUUUGUACAUCGAAGGUGCAAUUGAUAGGAAAAGGAACAGGAAAAUCAUUCAUGGAGUCUCGCAUUGCCCAAAUAGUCUAUCGGGUUAGUGUAAUAAAAAAAAAAAACUCUUUUCAACCCUUGAAGUAUACGUAUGAAGUCAAAAUUAAUAACAACUAAAAAUUAUAUAUCAUUUUCUUUGAGGGUGGAACGUGAGUUGAUAGAAUACUAAGAAAUAUUGAUCGUUGAAAUUCUCCACCUUUUUUUCUGGACCAAAAAAUCUUUUUUUUUUUGUUUUAAAACAAAAGUUU